ACCCAGUGCUGAGCUCUCUGUGACACAGCUGGUCCUGCUCACUCUCCAAGAUGCUAUUUUGGCACAACCAGCCGGAGCACCUGUGGCCGAGCCCUGGGGAGCUGUACCCUGGGCCUCUAAGCAGCUUGCUCAGGGAGGCCUUGCCCUUACCCUACCUGAAGCAGGAAGAGCUGGCCAACAUCCCCCGAGCGGAGCAGCCCUGCCCCGCGUUCCAGUACGUGCUUUGCGCGGCCACCUCGCCGGCCGUGAAGCAGCAGGAGGAGACCCUCACCUACCUGAACCAGGGCCAGUCCUAUGAGGUACGGAUGCUCUGCAACCCCAAACUGGUCGAUGCCACCCAGGAGCCCCGGCUGCUGAAGAGCGUGGUGCGAGUGGUUUUCCACGACCGGCGCCUGCAGUACAGCGAGCAGCAGCAGCUGGACGGGUGUAGGUGGAACCGGCCUGGGGAUCGCAUCCUGGACAUAGAUGUCCCACUGUCCGUGGGGGUGCUGGAACCCCAAGUGCUGCCCUCACAACUGAACACCGUGGAGUUUUAUUGGGACCCAACCAAGAGGACCUCUCUCUUCCUGCAGGUUCACUGCAUCAGCACUGAGUUCACUCCUCGGAAAAAAGGUGGGGAGAAAGGCGUCCCCUUCCGCCUCCAGAUCGACACUUUCAAGCCCAGUGACAAGGAGCUUCCACUGGAGCACCUGCAUUCUGCUGGCUGCCUCGUCAAGGUGUUUAAGCCCAAAGGAGCUGACCGGAAACUGAAAACUGACCGGGAGAAGAUUGAGAAACAGCCCGUGCAUGAGAGAAACAAGUAUCAGACAGCCUGUGAGAGCACCGUCUUCAUGGAGUGUUCUCCGUGGCCAGAGCCCAUUUCAGGGGCCCACCCGCCUCCGAGCCCUUUUGCUCUGACCUCUCCCCACUCCUGCAAGCUCCUGUCCCCGGAGAGAUGGCAUUGGGCAUGUCCCUCCCGCAGGAUGAGCCUCCCUUCUCAGACUUGGGACCCCCAAGGGCAGGGAUGUUUCCCCUCCACCUUGUUGUCAGCCCCUGGGUCCAUGGUGUUACUUGGACCACUCUUUAUGCCUCAGGGUCUGAAUCCCGGAGCCUCCAUCCUAGAGACACAGCAGUGGUUGCAUCGGCACCGGUUCUCCAGCUACUGCCGGUUGCUGGCCAGUUUCACUGGCACUGAUCUGCUGAAGCUUACUUGCCAGGACCUUAUUCAGAUCUGUGGAGCUGCUGACGGGAUCCGCCUUUUCAAUACUCUCAAAGCCAGGCCGAUCCGACACCGGCUGACCUUGUAUGUUGCUCAGGAGACCUCUAGGCAAGACGACGAGGCUCCUAAGAACCCUGACUCAGGCUUUUAUCAGAUCUCUCUGGAUGAACUCAGUGCUGUAGAGCUCCUGGGGAAACUGGCUGAACUCCUGGCCCUCCCAGCCAAUCAGAUCCAUCGUCUUUUCCAUCAGGGCCCCAGGGGCAUCCUCAUUCUCCUCAGUGACCAGGUGGUUCAGAAUCUUAAGGAUGAAUCAUACUUUGUGGCUGUGGUGAAGAAAGGUAGGGGUUUCAGAGGGAGAGGUUGCGUGCCUGGCAGGCCCUAGAAAGGUUAAGAUUGUCUUAUAUUGUCUCUUAAAUGAGAUUGAAAGUUUCCUUGAAGGUGUGUCGUGGGUACUGUGCCCUGGCUAAGUGGUGAACAUCUGCUCUGUGCCAGCUUUGUGUCAAAAGGAAUCAUAUAGCUCAGAAAAGCUACUUGUUGCUCAGUAAAAAGUAACAAUAUUCUCAUGAGGGGAAAAUGCCCGAGUUUCAGGGAGUUAUUAGGAGGAGGGAAAGCCCAUGCUCUCCCCGCCACACUGCCUCAACCCCAUCAACAGUCAUACGGGUCACAAGGGCAGGUGCUUGCUGGACAUCACCUGGAGCAGAGCACUUCUGAUCAGCAGGCUGGUGGUUCUGGUUUUUCACUGUCUGCCCUCUCUCCCUCCUCUGUGCUCCUGUACCCAGGGAGGUCCUGAAGAGCUGGACUCAGGGGCCCUGGAAGAACACUUGAUGUGGCAGGUGUACCACAGGCUGCUUUGAUGUUUGGGAGCAGCACAAUAGGUUUGGGAUCUGUCUCAUCUCACUAGAGCCCCUUCUUUAACUGCUUUCAGUGCAGAAUCCAGAUGGCUACUACCUGGUUCUGACCUAGGCCCAGAGGUGCCCUGCUCAAGAGGCGGAGACUGGUGCCAGCCUGGUUCUUUGGGGUCCUAUGUUCACCAGAAGCCUUGUUAAAAUCCUCAGAUGCUUCACCAGGGUUCAGGUGAAGAGCUACACCAUCAUGUGUUCUACAAGCAGGCCCCAGGCUCAUGUUUCUUUCUGCUCAGCAGCAAGUUGCUGGAACUCGAGACAAGCUGAGCUGAGCUGGCCAAGCCUGUGAGGCCAACACCCUGGCAACAUGGAUAAGGAACUCUUGCCCCAAGCUGCUCAACUACAGCUAUUCUUGAACAGUGAGGUUACAGAGCUUUAUUUUUUAAUGUAGUUGAAUUAAAAUCUAAAUUUUGUGUUUCAUUUUUAGGUUUAUCAUCUACCUGAAACUUAAUUUUCUGUGUAUUUUUUUCCAUGUAGAAUACCAACUUUAUAUUAAAUUAGGUACUUUUUAGUAAGUGAUAUUAAACCAUGUUUUAUUCCAUUCCUUCCCGCCCUCCCCCAAUCCCCUUCCCUUAAAACUUUCUGA